GCUAGGUGCACCCAAUGAGACCUACACCACACAGAUGAUGACCAGAGUGAUUGAGUUCGAGACUGAGCUGGCGAAUAUCACGACUCCAGAUGAGGAACGAAGAGAUGAGGAGAAGAUGUAUCAUAAGUACACACUGUCCAACAUGACGCGGACCUUUAAUCAGGUGGGCUGGGUGCACCUAGUGAACCACCUGCUGAGUGUGGUUAGUCUGAGCGUCCAGCCCACGGAGCAUGUGGUCGUGUACGCGCCCGAGUACCUGGAGCAGAUGAACACGCUGCUGGCGCACUACCGCAACACAGAGGAUGGGCUUAUGUGUGCAAGGUAACGAUGAUGUGUGGCACACCUGUAUCACAAACACAGACUCUGUCCUGGGCUUUGCGACGGGAGCCCUUUUUGUCAAGGACACAUUUAAAGGAGAGAGCAGGGGCAAGGCCAAGGAGAUGAUAGAGAAUGUACGCGAGGCUUUCAAGGAAAACCUUCCCAGGCUAAAGUGGAUGGAUCCAAAGACACAAGCAGCAGCCAUUGAUAAGGCCAACGCUGUCACAGACAUGAUUGGCUACCCGACCUACAUCUUAGAUACCGCCAAGCUGGACAAGAAAUACGAAGGGCUCAACAUAAACGCCUCUGACUACUUCGGUAACAACCUGGCUUGUCUUCGGUUCAGCAUAAAAAAGUCGCUUGAGAAACUCCGGAAAGUUCCCAAAAAUGAGUGGGUGAUGACGCCCCCGACCGUCAACGCCUACUACACUGCCAGUAAGAACACCAUUGUGUUCCCUGCAGGCAUUCUGCAGGCUCCGUUCUUCGACAAAAGCUUUCCUCAAUCUCUCAACUAUGGGGCAAUGGGAGUGGUGAUGGGACAUGAGCUGACCCAUGGCUUUGAUGAUCAAGGUCGGGAAUUUGACAAAAACGGAAAUCUGAAACAGUGGUGGGACCCGGCGGCCAUACGUCGCUUCCAGGAGAAGACUCAGUGUAUGGUGGACCAGUACAGUUCCUACACGAUACACGGCGAGCACGAACGGGGUAAACAGACCCUUGGAGAGAAUAUAGCAGACAAUGGAGGGCUCAAGUCUGCCUACCAUGCGUAUAAGAACUGGGUGUCUCGCAAUGGUGAGGAGCAGCUCCUUCCAGCCAUCGGCCUCUCUCAUCAGCAGCUGUUCUUCCUCAGCUUUGCUCAGGUGUGGUGCUGGAACAGCAAGCCUGAGAGUGACCACCUGCAGGUCAUCAAGGAUGCGCACGCCCCAGCAAAAUCAAGACCCUAUAUAUAUAUAUUUAUAUAAUAUUUUAAUGAAUUCCAUGCUUUUCAAAGAGAUGGAGACCUGGAACUGAAAUAUCAUUGGAUGGACAUUUGGUGACUAUUUAACUUUGAUGAAGAUGUUUCUUAAACCUGUAAAGUUCUUGGCUUGUUUCCCGUUAUUUCCUUGUUGCAAAUUUCGAUGAAAAUACGCAAACACGUUAGCAUUUUCCAUUGUAUAAAGACAGAUUUCAAGCAAGCUUAUUUUAACCACCUAAGUGUUCAAAAAGAAUGAGGAUUUAAUGUGGAUACAGUUAGAGUGCAGGCAAGCUGAAUAUCUAUGAAAAAUGAGGAAAACAGGAAGAGAGAAAAAAAAUCAAACAAAAAUGCAGUGUCUAGUCAGUCCAGUAGAUGUGCCAACUUGUAGAACCUAAUGUCAGGAGAAUGAAUGGACCCCUUAUCCUGGUCACCUACUUACAUUGUACAUGACCUGUGUAUGUCUUUUUGACGAAUUGCAUGGAUGGAUGAUGUGAGGGGAAAAAAUGGUUCCAAGUCGUUUUGAGAAAGGACACAAACAGAUCGUGCUGACUGUACAGCUUGAAGGAUUGUGUGCAUCAUUCAACUGGGAUCAUCAGUUGGAUUAUUUUUGCUGUAUUCAUUAAGUUAUAUUUGAUGAUAUCACACCAAUGUUUGAAAAUAUUGUUAUGUUUGAUGAUGUCAUCGGUGUUUAUAUUUUGUUCGGUCUGAUGGUAUUGCUAGACAUUUUGUUUUAUUUGACAAGCUGCUCUAUUCUUUUGCUCUGUGCAAUCAGAGCAUCAUGUCAGUGUGUGCAUUCUGAGAAGUUGGGGAGCUUCGUAAAAUUGUUGUUGAUGUUAUUGUGUUGUUGUUGUUACUGUUUAUCCAGCGCCUAUUGAAAAACUAAUUGGAUGCAUGAGAGUUUAAAUGGAGUGCAAUAAUAUAUUUGAGUUUGAAGGUUUAAUAUUUCAGUCAUAAGCUCUAAGCAUUGAGUUUUUUGGUGGGUUUUUUUUAGAAAAGCAUUUAUAUUCUAGUCUUGGGAUUAGAGCUAGUUUUUAAAUUACCCACCUUACAUAGAGAGAUACAUGUGUUGUGAACUCUGACUCACAAUCAACAAAGACAGUGUUAUUGAACACACUGUCUGUCUUGUCUGCAUGUGCAGGUCAAAGAGUGUGUGCAGAUCAUCACCCUAGUUUUUAUUUUUAGCAAUCAGACUUGCAAUGAAGCUGGGCCAAUAAAACUGAAGCCAAAUGUUUUGUCUUGAUUUAGGUUGAGAAUGUCCAUGGUUUCAUUACAGAAAAAA